AUGCGCUUCUUCGCUUCCCUUCCGUUGGUCAUUCUAGCCCUGAUCAGCUCUGCUCAGGCCCAGUUCGGCUUCUUCGAUCAAAUGUUCGGCGGUCAGCAGCAACAGCAGCAGCAGCCCCAGAACGUCCCUAGCGACCCUUCGCAGUACCAGCAAAGAUAUGAUGGAUCCUACUGCGAAAACUAUCUCUGCCCCGAUACCCUCGCCUGUGUCCACUUCCCCCAUCACUGCCCUUGCCCCUGGCCCGCGAACCAAGACAAGUUCGAGCUCACUGAGGGAAGCAGUCGAAUCUGCGUCUCGAAAGGUGGCUUUGCUGCCGGCGAGGCUGCAAGGAAGGUUGAGCUGGCUCGCAAGGGUCUGUUGUAG